AUGGCUUCAGGUCAGCAUCCCGCGAGCGUCCCGGACUGGAACAACCUCGAUAUCCUCCACAAGAACACGCUGCCCGCACGUGCAUACUUCCACAACUAUAUAACCGAAGCCGAUGCGCUCGACGCGGAUAUUACUAAAUCCAAAACACAUUUGCUCUCAGGCACAUGGAAAUUUCAGCAUGCAUACUCUCCUUUUGAGGCCCCUGAAGGCUUCGAAUCGACCUCGUACGACACAUCAUCAUGGAGCGACAUUGCCGUUCCUGGCAUGUGGCAAUUGCAGGGCUUCGGCAAAGGGCCCCAGUACACAAACGUCAUCUAUCACAUCCCAGUAGACCCUCCCAACGUCCCAUUUACUGAGAACGAGACUGGGUCGUAUGUCCGUAAAUUCAGCGUUCCACAAGAGCUAAAAGAUGGCCAAAUUCGUCUUCGCUUCGAGGGCGUUGAUGCUGCGUUCCAUGUUUGGGUCAAUGGGAAAGAAGUUGGAUAUUCUCAGGGCAGUAGGAAUCCUGACGAGUUCGAUGUGACUGCGCUUGUUGAUCUCAAUGCGGAGAACACUUUGGCUGUCAGGGUGUACCAGCACUGUGACGGAACUUACAUCGAAGAUCAGGAUCAGUGGUGGCUGAGCGGCAUAUUCCGCGAUGUCUUCCUGGUUGGCUUUCCUAAAGCUUCCCGGAUCGAAAAUGUGUUUGCCCAGACACUCUUGGACUCAUCCUACACCGAUGCAGAGCUCAAGGUCAAGAUUAGCGCAACUGGAUCUGGUAAGGUUUCGGUGAAGCUUUUGGAUGCGCAAAAGAAGGAAGUUGUUUCUUCAGACGCUAGCAUUGAAAGUAGCGGCACGACACAUGUCAACAUUCAGGUCAAAAAUCCUCUGAAAUGGACUGCUGAAUCGCCCAAUCUCUACCACCUCGUCGUCUCUACAGGCGAACAAGUUGUUGCUCAACGUAUCGGCUUCAGGCAAGUCGAGAUGAAAGACGGGCUGCUCAAAGUCAAUGGCAAGAGAGUCGUCUUCCGCGGCGUCAACCGACACGAACACCAUCCCACUUUCGGCCGUGCUGUCCCGUACGAGUUCAUGAAAGAGGACCUUUUGACCAUGAAGCGCUACAACAUCAACGCUAUUCGCACUUCUCAUCAGUUAAAUGACCCACGCCUGUAUGAUCUCGCGGAUGAGAUGGGUUUCUGGGUCAUUGAUGAAGCUGACCUGGAAUGCCACGGCUUUGAGAGCAUUGCCGACGCCGCAUUAUCCAAAGAACAGCGCGCUCUACCUUUCCGCGAGCGCCAACUUCUUACCAGGAAGAAGGCCGCAGAAUGGACAACUGACAACGAAGCCUGGACGCAUGCAUACGUAGAUCGCGCUGAAGCGCUCGUCAAGAGAGAUCAGUUACAUCCUUCUGUUAUCAUCUGGAGUCUUGGAAACGAAGGCUUCAUGGGACGCAACUUUGUGGCCAUGUAUAACCACAUCAAGGCGUACGACGAUAGCAGGCCUAUCCACUACGAGGCGGAUAUCCACGCGGAUACCAUGGAUAUGUACUCCAGAAUGUACCCACCUAUCGAAGAGAUUGUCAAGUUCGGUCAAGACAAGGAGAAGAAGAAGCCACUCGUGCUCUGCGAAUACAUACAUGCAAUGGGUAACGGCCCCGGAAACAUCAAGGAGUAUGUAGAUGCAUUCUACAAAUACCCGACCCUGCAAGGUGGUUUUGCUUGGGAAUGGGCUAAUCAUGGGCUCCUCACCAAGGACAAGCAAACUGGCGAAGAGUUCUAUGCUUAUGGAGGUGGCUUUGGCGAAGAAGUACACGACUCUACAUUCGUCAUGGACGGUCUUGUCAACUCAGAUCAUAAGCCUAAUGCAGGUUUGGUUGAGUACAAGAAGGCUAUUGAGCCCGUGCAGCUACUGGAAGCUAUUGGGUCAAACGCCAAGUUCAUUAAUCGGUACGACUUCAUCACACUCGAUCACCUGAGCUGCCUAUACACGACGACAUCGGCAUCGGGAAGUGUGAGUGCGUCUGGAACUUUGGAUAUACCAACCGGUAUCUCUCCUGGCCAAACUUUCGAGCUUCAACUUCCAAAGGUUGAAGGAUCUGAGAGCGAGGUUUUGCUCAGCAUCUCCUUCCAGUUGAAGGAAGCCACACCGUACCUCAAGGCAGGCUUUGAGAUUGCAACAACACAGAUAUCUGUGACUCCAGUAUCGUCCCUGCAGCGACCUGAAGCAAAGGGAAAGCAACUCAAGGUUGAAACGUCCACCAAGAAUGUCCUCGCCAUUAAGAGUGACAAAGCUACAUGGAAGUUCAAUACGCUCCACGGCUCCCUUACAUCCUGGGUCCAAGGCUCUACUGAGCUCAUCUCCAAGGCACCAGAAAUCGAUAUUUUCCGUGCUCCUACUGACAACGACAUUCCGCAAGACGGUUGGGACUGGAAAGACAAGCAGCUCCACCAUGCAAAGCCACUGACCCGCAAAGUCGAAUGGUCACAAUCUGGCUCAGAAUCACUCAGAAUCACCGUGUACCAGCGCGUCGCACCUCCCAUUCUAUCGUGGUCCAUUGACUGCGCUCUGACAUACACCUUCAGCGCCGACGGCACUCUGACAGUGCAUGUCACGGGUACACCAAAGGGCGAGAACCUACCCCGAACCCUCCCACGUAUCGGUCUCGUCAUGGAACUUCCAUCGCAGUUCCAAAACGUCGAGUGGUUCGGCCGCGGCUUCGGCGAAUCCUACCGCGACAGCAAGUUCUCGCAGCCCGUCGGAAAGUACACUGCAUCCAACAUCGACGCUCUCUGGGUCGAUUACGAGGUCCCCCAAGAGUCGGCGAACCGUACCGAUACCCGCUACGUUAGUAUUGGGAAUGGCAGGGGCGCUGGGCUACUCGCUCAAUUUGUAGACAAAGAGAGUGGAAGCCGCAAAUUGUUUGAUUUCCAGGCCAGUCAUUACAGAAUGAAGGAUGUCGCGGCUGCCGAUCAUCCGCAUGAGCUGAGGAAGAAGAAGAGGGAGGAUGUGGUACUCAGGUUGGACGCGCAACACCAUGGACUGGGCAGUGGAAGCUGCGGGCCUAGGACGCUGGACGAGUACAGUCUGUUAUGUGAGCCGUUUGAGUUUGAGCUCCUGUUGCAGGCGCCGUAG